AAAUUUAUGGUAAUAAAUUGUUUUAUGUAAAGUUCGAAGUUUGAUUGCUAUUUGUUUUACAUCCCACUGGAGGCCCCAAUUAUGUAUAGAUGUAUUUAAAACAAGUACCCUGUGUAGGGCCCCAGUGUUUACAAUUGUAGCCAAUCACAGCUCAGCAUCUUCAUUAUUCUUUUGUUUUCUCGAUAGUGGCGGCUGUAAUUUUAGCUCUACAAUUUUAGCUCUACUCUGCGUUGUAUCUUGAGUGUCUGGAUUAUAAUCCUCGCCAUCUUCAGAGAUGCCGAGAAAACGACAGAGAACGGAGGUUCCUACGAGUGCCAUGGCUAUUACAAAGACAAAGCGAACCAAGAGAGUGUUGGAUCCAGUGGACAACACGCAAAUCGAUUACGAUAAAUUGGCAGAUGCCAUCAUUAGGAAACAAAAUAGACCAGGACCACAACUAAUCCAAGAUAAUCCAAGUUCUGAUACUUCAGGGAGUUCAGGCAUAGUGGUCGACAACGAUGUGGAACAGCCCACCUUGCAGCCACCCACCAUCGAGCCUCAGAAUGCAUCAGCAGGAGAGAUGCAUGUACAACAUGCAAUGAAUUCAUCUUUGAAUAUGCAUGAAACAGCCCAGUCCUCUUUUUUGUUAGCGUUAGAUCAGCUAUUUGGAGGUGAGUCUCUCUCUGUAGGAGACAAAGCCUCAUUGAACAGUGUUGCUCCCCUGCAUCUAUCCGCAGGAAUUCCUUUGGGGGCAACUGUGCCGCUUAGAAUAAAACAAAAAAUUUGGGCCAACAAAUUUGUUGAUGUGCACACUUUACUACCCGAUUUCCAAGAAGACAAAUUAUCUUUGCAGGUAGAGCAGGGGAGCAUCACUGUUGCAUCUCAAAGGGGUAAGAAAAACCCCUUAUCCAUAUAUCAGUGGACGAAUGCUUUUUUAAAUUUUGCAUCAGUCUAUCUUGAGGUUAAGUCAGAUGAAGCACCCCAUUUGUUAAAAUACAUGUCGACAGUUAGACAAAUUCAUGCUACAAAUGGUGACAUGGCUUGGCAAUAUUAUGAUGAGAAUUUUAGAAUGCUUUGGGAAUUCAAUUCUCUCCCUUGGCAACAACCUUUGGGGGAACUUAUGGUUCGAGCAACAACUAUCCCAAAAUCGACUCCGAACAAUUUUCAUCCCUCAAAUAAGACGCGAAUGCAGUCCUUUCGAGGAAAACCAUGUUAUGCGUACAACAACGGUCAGCCAUGUCUCUCUUCCCCGUGUACAUUCAAACAUAUCUGCCUCUAUUGUAAAGACCCCCACCCCAGAUUUCAAUGUUCAAAAGCAAAAAACCCACCCACUCAAUUUGGUGGUCAAUCCACAAAAUCCCAUAAUAAUCUCCAAAAACCCAAAUCUUCCCAGCCCAGUAAACCCGUGUAAACUCCAUUAUUAUUUAGAUGGUUAUGACCCACAUCUCAAACAAUACCUGAUUGACGGGUUUUCUCAAGGAUUCAAAUUAGGUUGUGUUACCUCUCCAGAAAAGAGAUUAUGUAAAAAUCAUUCCUCCAUUCAAAAAAAUUUUGAUCUCGUUCACGAAAAGUUAAAAGUUGGACUGCAUUUAGGAAGGAUAGAAGGUCCCUUUAAAGAUUUACCAUUUCCUGACUUAGUUUGCUCCCCAUUAGGUUUGAUACCAAAAUCCACACCUGGAAAAUUCAGGUUGAUUCAUGAUCUCUCAUUUCCAGCAUCUGAUUCAGUCAAUUCUCAUAUCCCAGAUGAAGAAGCAAAAGUUCAGUAUGACACAAUCUAUUCAGUUAUAGAUUUAGUUAAAAAGUUUGGUCAGGGCUGUCUAAUGGCAAAAACGGAUUUAGAAGAUGCAUUUCGGGUUAUUCCGAUCCAUCCGAGUUGCUUUAAAUUAUUGGGAUUUUCUUGGAAUGAUGAAUUCUAUUUUGAUAGAUGCCUGCCCAUGGGGGCUAGAAGUAGUUGUAGGAUUUUUGAGACUUUCAGUUGUGCGUUACAAUGGAUUAUGUGUAAUAAAUCCCAUACACAGGGAAUGUCACACAUGAUAGAUGAUUUUUUCUUCUUUGGAAAACAAGGUUCCCAGAGUUGUGUUCAAGAUUUGUCACAGUUUAUUUCUUUGUGCUCAGAUAUAGGGGUUCCAAUAAAACAUGAAAAGACAGUGCUUCCAUCAACAGUCAUAACAAUAUAUGGUAUUGAAAUUGACUCGGUAGCUAUGGAGUGCAGACUACCAAAGGAAAAGGUAGAAAAGAUUCGCGAAAAAUUACAAUAUUUUGUUAAGAAGAAAAAGGUGACCUUAACAGAACUGAGAUCAUUAUUAGGGUUAUUGAAUUUUGCCACAUCUGUUAUUUGCCCUGGGAGAGCUUUUUUGAGACGCUUAACUGAUCUUACCAAAGGUCCCCCCAAACCCCAUUACUUUCGAGUGAGGAUCAAAAAGGAAGCUCGGCUGGAUAUAAAAGCUUGGUUGUUAUUCAUAGAGAAUUUCAAUAACAAGUCAGUUUUCAAAGAUGACACUUUCAUUUCUUCUGAUCAUUUGAAAUUGUAUACUGAUGCUUCCGGAUCCCUAGGUUUUGCGGGUGUAUUAGGAUCAAAAUGGUUUGCAAAUGAAUGGCCUGCUACAAUGAGUCACUUGCAAAUUGCCAUAAAAGAGUUAUUUCCUAUUGUUAUAGCGUUAGAGUUGUGGGGUGAUCUCUUAGAAAACAAGAAUGUGUUAUUUCUCACCGACAAUGCUGCUAUCACUUGUGUAAUUAAUAGGCAAACAUCUAAAGAACCCACUAUAAUGCGUUUGGUGCGAAGAUUAGUGGUUGUGUGCAUGUGCAAAAACAUCCAUUUUAAAGCUGAACAUAUUCCAGGAAAAGUUAAUGUCAUAGCUGAUGGAUUGUCUCGACUUAAA